AUGGGGGGCCGUACCAGACCACAGUGUUACCCGCAUCCCCAGCAGCCAGCCAGUGUGCGGAGAGCCAUCUAUGCAGUGUACCAGGCCGUCUUCGUGCAGCCAGGCCAUGAGGGGGACUGGUGGGACGCCCGCUCUCUCACCACUGGUGGAAACGGCUACAUUCCCAGUAAUUAUGUGGCUCCCGUGGACUCCAUCCAGGCAGAGGACUGGUACUUUGGUAAACUUGGCCGGAAGGAUGCAGAGAGGCAGCUCUUGUCCACAGGCAAUCCCAGAGGCACUUACCUCAUCCGGGAGAGUGAAACCACAAAGGGUGCCUUCUCCCUGUCCAUCCGGGACUGGGACGACGUGAAGGGCGACCACGUCAAGCAUUACAAGAUCCGCAAGCUGGACAGCGGCGGCUACUACAUCACCACCAGGGCUCAGUUUGAGACCCUGCAGCAGCUGGUCCUCCACUACUCAGAGAGGGCCGCGGGGCUGUGCUGUCGCUUGGUGGUGCCCUGUCACAAAGGGAUGCCUCGCCUCACCGACCUGUCCGUCAAAACCAAAGACGUGUGGGAGAUCGCACGGGAGUCGCUGCAGCUCAUCAAGCGUCUGGGGAACGGGCAGUUUGGGGAGGUCUGGAUGGAGAGUGCGGAUGGUUUGUGCUUUAAUCUAACGGGCGUGUGUAUAAACUACAUCCCUGACACUGUGGGCCUGGCUCAUGACUCCUGGGAGGUCGAGAGAGCCUCUCUAGUACUGGAAGUAAAGCUGGGGGCAGGAUGUUUUGCUGAUGUGUGGUGUGGAACGUGGAACGGCACCACCAAGGUGGCGGUGAAGACCCUGAAGCCGGGCACCAUGUCUCCCGAGUCCUUCCUGGAGGAGGCUCAGAUCAUGAAGAAGCUACGGCACGACAAGCUGGUGCAGCUGUACGCCGUGGUGUCGGAGGAACCCAUCUACAUAGUCACCGAGUACAUGGGGCAAGGAAGCCUCUUGGAAUUCCUGAAGGAUGGGGAGGGGCGAGGCUUGAAGUUGCCCAACCUGGUUGACAUGGCAGCCCAGGUGGCAGCGGGCAUGGCAUACAUUGAGAGGAUGAACUACAUCCACAGAGACCUGCGCUCAGCCAACAUCCUGGUUGGGAACAACCUGGUCUGCAAGAUCGCUGACUUCGGAUUGGCUAGGCUGAUUGAAGAUAAUGAAUACACGGCUCGGCAAGGCGCCAAGUUCCCCAUCAAGUGGACUGCCCCCGAAGCGGCACUCUACGGGAAGUUCACCAUCAAGUCAGACGUUUGGUCGUUUGGCAUCCUGCUCACUGAGCUGGUCACCAAAGGCAGAGUGCCCUACCCAGGUAUGAAUAACCGUGAGGUGCUGGAGCAGGUGGAGCGGGGCUACAGGAUGCCCUGCCCCCAGGACUGCCCUUCCUCCCUGCACGAGCUCAUGGUGCAGUGCUGGAAGAAGGAUGCAGAGGAGAGGCCUACCUUCGAGUACCUGCAAGCCUUCCUGGAGGACUACUUUACUGCCACCGAACCCCAGUACCAGCCUGGGGACAACCUCUAGACACUUCCCUGGGAAUGGAGCUGGGCUGGGCUGGGCUGGGCUGG